AUGCCUCCAUCAAAGGCGCGAGCCCUGCGAAGGGCGCUGGUGGGGGAGCCCGCGGCGUGGGCCAAACUCGGUUUACCGAGGGCGGAGAUCCCCCCGCUGGCCACCGCGCUGCAGUGCUGGUCCGACGAGCUCUCCUUCGGCUUCGGCAAGAGCAUCGUCGCGGUCGACCUGGCGGCGCGGCUGGUGGCAGCAGAGGUGGACCGCUGGCUGGCCCACAGUGCCUUGCCCAAGGCACGCAGGUGCCGCCGCCGCGCCGUGGCGCGGGAGGUCAGCGAGCAGGCGUGGCUGCACCUCAGCGUGGUGGCGCUCAACUACGCGUUCUGCGGCCGCGCGCAGGAAGGCUGGCGCCACAGGCCGACCCUGUCGAAGGCGCAGACGCAGGUCUACGUGCACCUGAAGAGUCGAGCGGCGGCCCUGGCGGAGGACCCGCUGGCCAUGGUCGUGGUCCCCGCGAUCGACGAGCUGGCGGGCGGCUGCGGGUCAGCGUACGAGGGCGAGACGGGCGUGAAGGCCCUCCCCUGCCGGCUCUGCGAGCUGGCCCCUGGGCUGCCUGCGCGGGAGUGCGCUGCCACGCUCGACGCGAUCGACUUCGUUGACGACGAGGUCGGCGCCUGGCUGCGCCGCCCCGAGCUGGCGCUCCUCGACCAAUCCGACUGGCCCGACCCGCUGCCGCGGGCCCGCGUGAACGUGGAGACGGAUGCGGACUGGGAGGAGCUGGCGCUGCACCUCGUGUCGCUCGGCAUCUUCACCACGCUCGCGGAGAGCGAGCUGGCCCGCGUGAGGGGCGAGCCCGUGCUGAACGGCCUGGAGAAGAAGGGCACUCCAGCGCCUGGCGCCACGCGGGUCACCAGGCUCAUCCUCAACAUGGUGCCAGGCAACUCGCUCCUGAAGGCCCACGUGGGCGAGGCGGCGCUGCUCGCGGCCUCGACGUCCUGGACGUCGGUCGUGAUCCCCGAGGGGAAGCUGCUGCUGUGGUCGGGCGACGACCAGAAGGGGGCCUUCUUCGUGUGGCGGGUCCCGCCCGCGUGGCACCCCUACAUGGCCGUGGGGCGGCCGCUCGCGGGCGAGCUGUUUGGUCGCUCGGAGCCCGUCGUCUACGUGACCUCGGCUGUCAUCGCCAUGGGCUGGUCGCUCGCGGUGCCCGUUUUCCAGCACAUCCACCGACGACUGUGCCGCCUGGCGCCGCCCCUCGGGGCGGGGCUUCCCUCAGACGGGGAGUGGCGCAAGGAUUGCGCGCGGCCCCUGGUCGAGGCAGGCAGCGGCCAGGACGCUGGCUGGUGGCAGGUUGACAUCGACGACUUCGAUGCGCCGGAGAUCGUCGAGGAGGUUCUGGCCCGCAAGCUCGCGGGGACCCCGAGCGACCUCCAACUGCAGGUCCGCGCCAGCUACGAGAGGGCAAGCGUCUCCUUCUCGGCCGAGAAGGCGCACUGCAGGCAGCUGAGGGUCGAGCGCAUGGGCGCGGACGUCGACGGCGUCAGCGGGCGCCUCGCGGUCCCCGCUGCCAAGGCGCUGGCAACUGCGGGCCUCUGCUUGGCCGCGGUGCAGCGGCGCCUGGUCCCGUGGCGCGUGGCCAUGGCGGCCCUCGGCAAGCUCGUGAGGGCCUUCGAGUUCAGGCGGCCGCUUUUCGGGAUCCUGAACUCCGUCUGGACGCUGGCUGCGUCCUCAGCGCAGGGGGCUUACCUGGACGCAGAGAUGGUGGAAGAGCUCCUCAUGGGCGUGAUGGUCCUGCCGCUGGCCGCCUCCUCGCUGCGGGCGCGCAUCGACGGCGUGGUCACGUCCUCGGACGCGUCGGAGAUGGGCGGCGGCGUGUGCGCGUCAGCUGGCCUGCGCGAGGACGUCGCCGCCGCCUUGCAGGUGCCGAGGACGGUCCCCGACCAGCUGGGGAUAGGGGCCAGGCUCCUCAACAUGCCCGAGGACCCCGCCCGACCGUGGGCGGCAGCCAACCCACGCGUCCCCGCCAGGGCAGUCCGCAGGGUGCUGUCGGUGCUGCUCAUCGGCCUGUUCGACGGCAUCGGAGGCCUCGCCGUCGCCUUCUCGAGGCUGCCCGUCCGCAUCGCGGCCUUCGUCGCGGCCGAGACGGACGCCAAGGCGAGGCGCGUUGUCAGACUCCGCUGGCCAGGUGUCAUCGACUGGGGCGACGUCACCCGUGUGGGCAGCGAGACGGUGCGGGAUUUGUUCGAGGCGUUCGGCGGCCUCGUCGACCUGGUGGUGGUCGCAGCGGGCAGCCCCUGCCAGGACCUGUCACGCCUCAACGUCGGCGGGCGCGGCCUCAGCGGCAGGAAGUCCUCGCUGUUCCACGAGGUGCCACGCAUCCUGGCUCUCCUCGCCGCCGUCUUCAAGGACAGGCUCGUUUGGUUCGUGGAGAACGUGGACAGCAUGUCCGACGCCAACGUGGAGCUGAUCUCGGAGGCGCUUCAGGUGAGGCCGACGCUGGUGUGCUCGUCGGUGUUCGUGCCGUGUCGCAGGCCGCGCCUGUUCUGGACGAGCUGGGGCGUCACCGCAUCGGCGCCUCUUCGGCUGACCGACCGCGGGGUCUACGACGAGCUGGUGGGCCCUGGCGUCCCGCUCAUGGACCUCGCGGAGACCAAGGUGCUUCCCCACGCUCGUCUGCUGCAGGCCUCAGCCCUCCUUCCCCUCUGCCCCGCGUGGCUUCGCGGCUGCAUCGGGGACGGCUCGUCAAAGGAGAGGGAGCGGCUCCUUGGCUUUGAUGUGGGGUACACCUCCCUAGCCACCAAGGGCUCGAACCCUCAGGACGCCUCCGACGCCAGGGCCUUCCUCCUCGGCAACAGCUUCAGUAUUCACGUCGUGGCAUGGUUGCGCCAGCAGCUCCUGCACCGCCGCGGCGCGCUGAACAGGGAGCCGUCGAUAGAGGAGGUGCCCCCCGUCCGCGCGUGCCGGGCGACGCGGGGCCAGGCGGGGGCUUUCGCGAGGCAGCUGGUCCUGCACUACCUCAGCCGCGCGGAGAAGGGCGGGUCGGACGUCAGGCUGGACUACGGCGUCCCCUACCGCCCGCGAGGUUGGCCGAGGACGAGCCUGGACCCGUUCGUGUGGAAGUGGCGCGUGGUGGUCAGCAUGGCGUGGCCUGGCCGGAGCUCCACCCACAUAAACGUGAGAGAGUUGCAGGCGGCCACGGCGGCGAUCAGGUGGCGCGCCCGCAAGGUCGCGCAGCACGGGAGCAGGUUCUUGCACCUCGUCGACAGCCAGGUGGUCGCGGCCAUCGUGACGAAGGGCCGCAGCAGCAGCAGGAAGCUACAGCCCAUCCUGAGGCGCUGGAUGGCCGUCGUCGUGGCGGCCGACAUGUACCCACUGAUCGGCUACGUGGUCUCAGAGGACAACCCUGCGGACGAGCCGUCGAGGGUGUCAGCGGAGACGCGGCGGCGCUACGGGCGGGCCCUGCGCGCGCUGCUGGCCCACUUUGGGGCCGAGCAGGCGGGGGCGGACGCCUUGCGCGGCGACCCCGAGGACGCAGACGCCCUCGUCGCGGAGUACCUCGAAGGCCUGUGGGCCUCUGGUGCGGGCAUCGCGGCCGCCAACAACACGCUGGCGGGGGUGUGCUUCGCGGUGCCUCGUCUGAGGCGACACCUCGACCUGAGCUGGACUCUCCUCAAGGCAUGGAGGCAUCAUGAGCCAGCGUCCAGGGUGCUGCCGCUCACGACCGAGGCCGUCGCGGCCAUGGCAGGGUUCGCGUGCGCUGCAGGUGCUUUCGACGUGGCCGCCCUCCUUCUCGUCGGCUUCGAGGGCAUGCUCCGAGGCGCAGAGGUGUUUGCUCUGACGGGGGGCGACGUCGUCGACCGCGGCGAGCUGUUCAUAGUCCGCAUCAGCUCGUCCAAGACCACGGCGGGCAAGGACUGCGCGGAGGCAGUCGUCGCCCGCAGCAGGAUGGCCGCGGCGCUCCUGCGGAUUGCGGUCCGCGGCCUUGGUGCAGGCGCGCGGCUCUCAUGGAGGACGCCGUCCCAGCUGCGCGGUGCCCUCCGCGCCUUGGCGAGGGGCCUGGGCCUGGCGGGGCCCAUCGCGUGGCGCAGCCUGCGACGUGGCGGGGCGAGCGCCUUCUUCGUCAGGAGCGGCUCCAUGGAGGCGACCCUCGUGGCGGGUCGGUUGGCCUCCUCCGCCACCGCGCGCCUGUACAUCGAGGGCGCGGUGGCCGACUCAGUGCGCGCCCAGCCCGGGAGCGAGGCAGCCCGCGCCGUUGCGCGGGGACUGCGGCUCCUGCAGCUGGCCACUGUACGCGGCCACUGCUCGCGCCCAACAGUGCUUGCCGAAAAUCGGGCGUUUGUCUUCGCUUCGGCGAGGGCAACCUCCCUCCCGCCGUGGGGCCGCGUGGCCCUCUCUCUCUCUCUCUCUCUCUCUCUCUCUCUCUCUCUCUCUCUCUCUCUCUCUCUCUCUCUCUGGGUCUGGUUUCCGGGGUCCCCUGGGUCCGCCCGUUGUGUGGGGCGUUCUCUGUUUGGGGUCCACGCCCGUCUCGCCUUCUCCGUGCAUCGUUUCACCUCCUCCCGUCGCCUCCCCCCGUCACCUCCUCCUCGUGUGGAGUGCAUGGGCGUGGAGUAG